AUGUUUCGCCUGACGACAUUGACGACCUUGUUACUGUUACUCCAAUUCUUUGAGAAGCCCGUUUCAGCCUGUGCCAUUGGAGGCAGAGCAUCUGAUGACUUCAUUAUAGGAAAUGAUCCACCAGCUGAUCCGGCAACCAUUGGCUACACUAUCAACCACUUCAGUCUCGUUGCUAAUAAUAUCACCGCAUCAGUGGACUUCUAUGGGAGGAUCCUCGGCAUGCGCCAUGUUUUCACAUUCCAUGCCUCGCCCGAGUACCAGGUCACUUACCUUGGUCACAGCCAGGGAGGCAAAAAUGGAACAGGCUAUCAGACAGGCGAAGAACUGCUGCGAGAAAAGACGAACACUGGAGGCCUGAUUGAACUACUUUAUUUUAAGGGGACCAACGGGACUAUCGAGGCAUCCACACGCAGCCCGAACACAUUCGGCCACGUUGGCCUGAUCGUCCCAGACAUCCAAGCGACGCAGUCUCGUAUGGAAGAUAACGGCGUCAACAUUCUGAAACGUGUUGGGGAGGAUCUGGCUGUUGAAGACGGCCCCGUUGCUAGAGCGUUUGGCCUUGGAGGCGAUGUUGAGUCAGCUAGAGUAGCUGCGUUAGCAGGCAUCCGGGGUAUCGGGUUCAACGGCUUUCUCAUCAUCACUGACCCUGAUGGGAAUCUUAUUGAGGUUCAGCCGCAAACAUCAUGA